AUGGCUUUUUACUCGCACACCGGCUGCUCGCCCCUCUUCCAACUGCUUGACGACUAUGAGGGUUGUCAGAAAGCCCAGCCACGUACCUUUACACCGGCAUUUGACGUGCGAGAACUAGACGGCAGCUACCAUCUAGACGGCGAGCUCCCUGGUGUAGAUCAAAGCAACAUCGAGAUUGAAUUUACGGAUCCGCACACGCUAGUCAUCCACGGCCACACCGAGCGCAGAUACAGCAAGGAAGACUCGACUCCGAGUCGCAGCCCAUCCCCGGGAUGGCACCAGCCUACAGUCGAAGAUGAAGACGCAGAGUCGAUCGCCACUUCCGACACCGCUUCGUCCCAUGAAAAGGCCCAGCCUUCUCCGGCCCAUUUCUGGGCUUCAGAGCGUCCUACCGGCGAAUUCCAGCGCACGUUUAGCUUUACUGCCCGCGUUGAUCAGGAUUCUGUUCGAGCAAGCUUGAAGAAUGGAGUUUUGUCAGUUGUGGUGCCAAAACAGGCUCUUCCUCAGACGAAGAAGAUACGCAUCCUGUGA